UCUCUCACUUGCCUCCGUCUCUACUUUAUCUUCCCCUCCUUUUGUCUGCUCUUCCUUCUCGUAAAUAUCUCAUUCCCCUUUCCUUCUCCCUCGCAAUAUCCCUUGGGUUGUGUCUUCCCCUCCUCUCCUCUCACACACCCUUCUCUACCAUUCCCUCUCUCUGUCUCUGUCUUUUCAUGUGCAACAGUGUGCAAUCCCUUUUUCCUCAGCAGACAGACAAAGAGACUGAGACAAAUAGUAGAGGGGAAAGCGGGAGCAGAGAGAAGCAGAGACAGAAAGAAGCAAGAUACGUGAAGAGGCACAGAGGAAUUGAUGGAACGACACUGAGAGAGAGAGAGAGUAGGAAGAGGGAGGGUCUGCAUGGUAGAGCGAGGCAGAAAGGAAAUAGGCAGUUUGGUGAUAGCGUAGAGGUAUAGCUCCAGUGUGCAUGUGCGCCAGCUAUUUCAUUCACACUCUCUCGCUCGCUCUCUCACACAAACACAUCUUCCCUCUCUCUUUCUCACCCACUCACUCCGUCACUCACACAGACACACGCACACACCCUUGAGCAGAAGCAGCAGAGCAUCGUGGGUGUGAAGCAGCAUGUGAUGUGAUAUCUGUUCUUCUGCACAAACUGCUGGCUGAUGGAAUAACUUAAUUACAGCACACACACCUACAAUACGCACACUCACUAGCACACCUUGAUUAUAGGCGGACAGACACGCACACGCGAGCACACUCAACCUGCCUGCAGCCGGGAGUCAACAUGGGUCUCGUGGUGGGAACCUUUUCCAUGCAAACCAAGCAGGUGAACUACCGCAAAGACAAAGCUGAUGAUGACUUGGAGAUGACCAUAGUGUGCCAUCGGCCGGAGGGCCUCGACCAGAUGGAAGCGCAAACCAACUUCAACAAAAGAGAGCUCCAAGUGCUCUACAGGGGCUUUAAGAAUGAGUGUCCAAGUGGUGUCGUAAAUGAAGACACCUUCAAACAAAUAUACGCUCAGUUCUUCCCUCAUGGAGAUGCCAGCACCUACGCACACUACCUGUUCAACGCAUUUGACACAGCACACAGCGGCUCCAUAAAGUUUGAGGACUUUGUGACAGCUCUGUCCAUCCUGCUGAGGGGCUCCAUCACCGAGAAGCUACAGUGGACCUUCAACCUUUACGAUAUCAACAGAGAUGGAUACAUCAACAAAGAGGAGAUGACAGACAUCGUCAGAGCGAUAUACGACAUGAUGGGGAAGUACACUUACCCGGUGUUGAAAAAUGAUGCACCCAAACAGCAUGUGGAAGCCUUCUUUCAGAAAAUGGACAAAAACCGAGACGGUGUGGUCACUCUGGAUGAAUUCAUCCUCUCUUGUCAAGAGGAUGAAAACAUUAUGAGGUCUCUACAGCUCUUUGAAAAUGUCAUCUAGACCACGAGGAAGAGGGCGACAGCCCAAUAGACGAAAGCGCUCACCAAGAGAAGAGAAAAUAAUAGACGGAGGAGAAGGAGAGAUGAACAUGUAAGAGAAAAGGAACAGCAUAGCGGGCCACUGAAACGAAAAAUUGGAUCGUGUCGCUUUGCGACGGACGAUUGCCACGAAACUUCAUGGAAGGCAUCUUGCUGCAACAAAUCCGUGGCGACAAAUGCCCUUUGGACCCUUUAUUUGACCUCUCUGUAACCAUUUACCUCGUCUCCACCUCCCUCCUUUGUUGCUGUCACCUCAGCAUGUCAUGGCAUUGUGUAAAUACUGAUUCUUUCACAUUUGGUCCAAUACUUUUCUGAAACGUGUAAAUUGAACCACAUUUUAAGCAGGACUGGAUUUCCCAGAAGCUGCUUCACAGAUCAACCCAGUGCAUACUUUGUGCAUUACAGUCUGACAUUAUAGCUGUUUUCAUCAUGAAUUUCUCUGUCAACACAACAAACGUGAGCAAUAUUGUGAAGCAUGCAAGGCAGAGGCCUAUUUAACGUGUAUGUGCCGUAAAACACUUGGUGGCCAUAUACUCAGCUAAGUGCAUACAUUUGGGAGGCCACGGUCCGAGUGUCACAUCUCACAGAGCCACCUCAUCGGGCCUGUUAAGGUUUGCAGAGCUGAAAUUCAACCUUUAGGCAGCUUGCAGUCUUUUGUCUCGUGGCAGCUUGCAACAGUCCUCUUUACACUUACUGUGUGUGUUCCAGUGGUGUCAGUCAGUGUUUCAAUGUUGUAACGACUCAACUGUAGAUAUUUAACUGUUGUAUUUGUGGCCUCUUAACGCCGUGUGGAAUUAUUCAUGUUUGUCUGCGUGUGUUUCUGAUUCUGACUAUCUGUCUGUCUUUCUGUCAAAUUGGAUACAACUAAUUAUUCUACAUGACACUCAUCGUUAAAUAAAGAGUCCAUUUAGAGGUUUACUGGUCUACAGAUGCAGAGUUACACAGGGACGUGCAUGUGUUUGUUUGUGUGGUUUUGUUGUCCUAAAGUUUAUGUUCGCCGGGAAUAUGGGAAAUAUUUUUCUUGCAUGUAGAUUCAUCUCGAGGACACCACAGUCCGUCCAGCUCAACUGGCCGUGUUUCUGCCAGAGAGGAGAGUGUCGUCGUCAGUUCUGUCUGUUAAAUAUGUUAAAUAUGUUGACUCGGAGCGACCAACCUUUCACUGUGAGGGAGCGACAGGAGAGGGGAGCUAGAAGGAGGGAUUGAGGAGAAAGAUCAGAGGAAGAUGCGCGAGUAAGACAGAAGACGAGAGAGACAUUGUCACUGAUUCUGAAGGAAUGGAAGCCAUGUUUCGAACAAGAACCGUCGUUUUGAAGAUUGAGCUGGACAAAAAUACAGAUUUAUACAUGAUUUACCAUCAUGCCCACUCACUGUGCUUACCAAUAGUGUAAUAAAAAUCCUUGCUGAGACAUGCUCAUCUCAAAAGUACCCUGACAUACUUCCAGGAAGACUGACAGACAGGAAGACAAACAGAUAGACAUCUUUAAACUGUCAGAAUGAAAUAAUGUGUGUAUUGAAAUAUUGUAUAAAAUCAUUAUAUUUAUCAAUAAACUUUGCAAGAAAUAAAAUGAAUUCAUGUCUGCUAUAUUU